AUGGCCUCCACGGACGCUGCCAUCAUCGACCCCGAGCUGCUGGACGGCCGCACGGCCAGCGACAUCUUCGUCAACAAGAACCAGGGCCAGGGCUACACGUACGAUGACCUGAUCCUCAUGCCGGGCCACAUCAACUUCGGCGUGGACGCCGUGAAGCUCGAGACCAAGGUCUCGCGCAACAUCUCGCUGCGCCUGCCGCUCGUCAGCUCGCCCAUGGACACGGUCACGGAGCACGCCAUGGCCAUCGGCAUGGCGCUGCACGGCGGCAUCGGCAUCAUCCACUACAACAUGACUGUGGAGGAGCAGGUCAAGGAGGUGCGUCUCGUCAAGAAGUUCAAGAACGGCUUCAUCACGGACCCCAAGGUGCUGUCCCCGGAGGACACGCUUGCCGACGUGGACCGCAUCAAGGCCGAGUUCGGCUUCGCCGGCAUCCCCAUCACCGAGUCCGGCAAGGUCGGCAGCGUACUGGUCGGCAUCGUGAGCAACCGCGACAUCGACUUCAUCGAGGACCGCCAGACCAAGCUCAAGGAGGUCAUGUCCAAGAACCUCAUCACCGCCCCCGAGGGCGUCUCGCUCAAGGAGGCCAACCACAUCCUGCGCGAGAGCAAGAAGGGCAAGCUCCCGAUCGUCAACGCCAAGGGCGAGUUCGUGUCGCUCAUCUCGCGUCGCGACCUGGUCAAGAACCGCGACUUCCCGCACGCCUCCAAGGACGCCAACAAGCAGCUGCUGGUCGGCGCCGCCAUCGGUACGCGCCCCAACGACCGUGAGCGCUGCACGGAGCUGGUCAAGGCCGGCGUCAACCUCAUCGUCAUCGACUCGUCGCAGGGUGACUCGACCUUCCAGGUCGACCUCAUCAAGUGGAUCAAGUCCACGUACCCGCAUAUCGACGUCAUCGGCGGAAACGUCGUCACCCGCAUGCAGUGCAAGCGUCUCAUCGACGCCGGCGCUGACGGCCUCAAGGUCGGCAUGGGUGUCGGCUCCAUCUGUACCACGCAGGAGGUGUGCGCCGUCGGCCGUGCUCAGGCCAGCGCCGUGUACAACACUGCUCGCUACGCCCGCCAGUUCGGCGUGCCCGUCAUCGCUGACGGUGGCAUUGCCAGCUCGGGCCACAUCGUCAAGGCUCUGACCGUCGGUGCCUCGGCCGUCAUGUGCGGCUCGCUCUUCGCCGGUACCGAGGAGUCCCCGGGCCAGUACUUCUUCCAGGACGGUGUUCGUCUCAAGAAGUACCGUGGCAUGGGCUCUAUCGAGGCCAUGACUGCCGGCUCCUCCAAGCGUUACUUCGCCACCCACGCCACCGUCAAGGUCGCCCAGGGUGUAAGCGGCGCCGUGGUCGACAAGGGCUCGCUCAUGAAGUACAUCCCGUACCUGCAGCAGGGCAUCAAGCACGGCCUGCAGGACCUGGGCCAGGUGAGCCUGGAGAAGGUGCACGACUCGCUCCACAACGGCGAGCUCCGCUUCGAGCUGCGUACCCCCGCCGCCCAGCGCGAGGGCAAUGUGCACUCGCUGUACACGUACGAGAAGCGUCUUCCGCUAUUUCUAUAUCUACAGUAUAUAGUGCAUCGAGCCGAAAACUGCAUGGUAAUGAAGGCCAAUACAUAG